AUGUUCCGUGGCCUCGAGUGGGGAACACUGUUGAUUCAAAUUCAGCAACUUUCUGCAGCUUUUUCGAUUUCAUUCAACAUUUUUCUGAUUCACCUAAUUGUGAACAAGUCACCAAAGCAAAUUGGAGUCUACAAGUAUUUUAUGUUGUAUUUCUCAAUCUUUGAAAUAUUUUAUGGAAUUGUGACAGCUCUCACUAGUCCAUUUCACCAUACCCAAUACGCAACAUAUUCCACAAUAAUUAGUUCCAAAGAUCGGGCAUUGAGCCACUUUGUGCUGAACAUACUAAAUGCAGUGUACUGGGCUUGUUAUGGAAUAUCAGUUGCCAUGUUUGCAAUUCAAUUCAUCUAUCGAUAUUUGGCAACUGUGAAAAGUGACCUUGCUCGCUCCUUCCAAUCCUGGAAAAUCCUUCUCUGGUUCUCACUUCCACUUGUUUUUGGCACAGUCUGGGCAGUCGCGGGAUACGUAUUCUGUGCACCAACACAGGAAGUCACUGAUUUUAUCAAAAAUAGCAUCCACGUUACUUUUGGAUUGGAAGAAUCAGAGUUUGUGUAUUUGGGGCCGAGAAUAUUCAAAGAGCACAAUGGUACGAUUACAUUCAAUAUAAAGCCAUCAAUCGGACUUGCUCUGAACAUUAUGACGAUGAACAUAUCAUUUUUUGCAAUACUCUUUUUCGGUCUGAAAUGUUACUAUUACAUGAGAAAAAUGAUGAGCCAAAGUGGAUCGUCAAAGUCAAUAGGCCUCCAGCGGCAGCUAUUUUUUGCAUUGGUGGUGCAAACUUUGAUUCCAGUGGUUUUAAUGCUUUCACCGUUUACGUUUGCUCUUAUUUUGUGCAUUUUCGAUAUUAAUGAUGAUGUUAUUGGUGGAAUCGUGGUGUUGUGUAUUGCUAUUUACCCCGCAAUUGACCCACUUCCGAAUAUUUUUAUUAUCAGAGAUUAUAGGAGAGCACUAUUAUAUUAUGUACUCCGUGUGAAAAAUAAACUGUUUUGCAAAACAAAUGUUAUUAGCGCAUCGAGAAAUACGUCUUGUUAUGUUGAUGGACAAAUCAGUAAUGCUACCGGACAACGUGCUUUCAGCAAUGUUUCAAUGACUGCAGGAACAAUAUAA